CGAAACGAGCCUUGCAAUAUCCCGCACGUGGCAUACAUCGUUGCGGCAGUCAAGGGGGCCCCACUAAAGGAAGUUUGCGAAGCUGCAUGGAAGAAUACCCUAGAUUUGUUUGGCAUGGACAAAACG